UCAAAAUGGUAGGGAUUGUGUGAGGGUGUGUAGUCCGUGCUGUGUGAUACUAUGUUUAUAUCCAACAUUUUACAAGGUGCACCGAACCAAGAUGAGCUCCUAACUACGUCCUCCAGAAUUAAACGAGCUUCUUCUUAUAUUUAAUCUAACCUGAAUUUUAACGCAAAUUCUAUAAUCAACUUGUCUCUGGUCACAAAAAAUAAUCGCUUCUUUUAGCUCGUAAUUACAACUUCAUCACUUCUUUUACUGCGAUUUGUUGUAGUCUUGACUGGUGCUUGACGUGCAUUUAUUACGACCCAGUGUUAUUUUGCUAGCGACCAUUUCGGCAAUCGCAAGUUGUCUCGUCAUCACUUCUGAACUGUACGUCACAGCGAUGGUCUUCGUAACGCCCAGCGUGGUGAAAAAGAUUCACUAGCAUGCACUGCUGCCGCACUGCCGUCAUUCUAGCAUUUAGUGAAGCCCUAGCUACCAAGUAACAUGUCUCCAGAAUUUUGUUUACGUUGGAACAACCACCGGCCGAACCUAGUAAAUGUCUUCAAAGAGCUUCUCCACCACGAGGUGCUGGUCGACGUCACGUUGGCGGCCGAGGGGCAGUUCAUACACGCACACAGACUCGUGCUCUCCGCAUGCUCCCUGUAUUUCAAGGAGCUGUUUGCGGUCAACCCAUGCCAGCACCCGAUAGUAAUCCUGAAGGACUUCCACAUCGCGGACCUCAAAACCGUCGUGGAGUUCAUAUACCAGGGCGAAGUGAACGUCGCACAGGAGCGCCUUCCUAACGUGCUGAAGACGGCAGAAUCUUUGCGAAUCAAAGGUCUGGCCGAGAACCCGCGCUCAUAUGAAGACUAUCAACCACAACAGCCCCUGCAGCUGCAGCAACCCCUACAGCAGACGAGCAACAGUGCUGCAAAGCCGAGGCUUGGUUCCCAGGUGAGUGUUGCUAGGCCAGACCACGCCAUACUAGGGCUGGCAGGAGAAGGGGAAGGCGUGCGUGUGAAGGAGGAGCCUGUGAGCGGCAACGGCCACGGCCGCCGCUCGACGCCUCUCACCUCCGACGCGUCACUGAGUGGCGCGGCUGGGGAAGGUGAGGGUGCAAAUAACCGAGACUCGCCUCCCGACAAGAAUGAGGGAGUGGGGGGCACUGGAGGGAACUCUUCUCCACGCUCUGCUUCUCCCUCCGUCACACCGAGCCUCUCGAACGUCUCUCUGGCCCCUGGUGACUCUGUUCCUGCACUCACACCCCCUGACACUUCAGCAGCCCUCAGCCAGCAACAAGGACGCAACCGCCGUGCUGUUCUUCAGCGCCAACCUGGCAUUAUCAGGGAUGGUAGUUCCAGUCUCGGCUCCGUGGGCAAGCGUGUUAGCAAAGAAGAAGCGGCCGACGACGACUCUGCAUCGGAAUACAGUGCCCAAGGCAACUUAUCGGUCUCUGCCAUCUCCAGCUCAUACGAUUCCAGUGUGAGUGUGGAGACCGUAGUCUCAUCAGUAUCUGCCUUUACCGAUGCUGAAAUUCCAAUCCACGGCACCAGCUCUUCACUGCUACAGGUACCGGCAAUGGUACUGUCAUCCCCAAGAGAGACUGGGCCGCUCCCCAAACAAGUAUCCCAGCCUGAAUUUAGCGAGUCUCGGUCUGUGGUGCAUCAGUACGGACAGCAUCCUAUGAUGAGCCGUUCUGUCGGCUCCAUCGGAUCACCUGGCUCUUCAACUGGAUACAUUCACAAUCCUACUACUUCGAGUAGCCAGCAUCUACAAGUGAUGCAAGUUUUCCUCAAACAACCACAACAACAGCAACAAAGUCGUGGGUCUACUCUAGGUAGCGAGCUGUCUCUUGGCACGGGCCCCGUUAAUCUUCGGCCCAUUCAGCCCAAGCCUGCUCUAGAAGGAGUUCUGCAAGGUCGUUCGGUUAAAGAAGAAAUUAGUGGUUUAUAUCAGAGGAAAGAAACUACCUACCAGACUCCACUCAUCCGCCUCACGCCUUCAGACGACGUUUCUUCUCUCUCAGUUUCAGGACCUCCCUCACGUUUGCCCCGAGCUGUGAGUGAGGAGCCUCUGGCGUCGCGACAGCUUCAUACCUCGAUGGACCUUCUGGGACCCGGUCCGCUCAUCCAAAGCGUGUCGGAGGACGCUGGCAUGGACAGCGGCUCUCGCAUGGUGCCCCAGACAACUAGUUCAUCUUCCUCGUCUCCAGCUUCCUCAUCAUUCGGUGUGUCGUCGCACAUGAGCAGCUACUCACCGCUAUCUUCCCUGCCCCCGGCUAGUGGCCAUCGUCUCGCUUUGCGCGAUGGCCCGGCGCUAGGCUGCAACUUUUGCUGGAACUCCACUGACGAUCACGGCCGCAUUCAACGGAGAAAAACUAAAUACCACUGUCCAGAAUGCCGAACCAAUCUCUGUAUUGUGCCAUGCUAUCAAAAGUAUCACAAGCAAAUGGAACGAGCCGACGACACCGACAAGCAAAUCACUAAAAUGCUCACCAAAUCUUCUCUCUGAGGUGUUGAAACUAGUUGAUGCUUAGGAUUAUUUUACCAAGCAGUGUGGAGAAAUUAAAGGUAACGUCAAUGUUUGGUGUUGUAUAUAAUAUAAUUAGAAUUAUAUUGCGUUUUUACGUAUCAAUGCGGUUGAAUUAACGCUGAUGCUCGUUUCGUUUAGUACAUUUAGCUCAUUUUAUUCCAUGUAGGAGCUCAGUCUUUUUGAUCUGCUGUACAAGUUAUCUCUGUUGCCCCAGCUUUCUCUCUUCAAUGAGGUGUUUUGAUGCACCGAUUUUUCAGAUUUGUUUGCUGAGCUUCAGAUUUUUUCUUAAUUCCCUCUUCGACUAUCUGGACCUCCAGACUGUUUGUAUACCGAAAACUUGAAACUCACUUUGGACGCUACAAACAAAAAUCAAUCAUUGAUUGAAUGAUGUUCCCUGAUGAGAGAAUAAUAGCAAUAUAGUAUUUGUCACAAAACACUCAUUCUUAAUAAUGGUGAUUGAUCACUGAUACUUUCCGAGAUGCAGAAUGAGCUAAACGAAAGUUGUGAGUUGGGAUGAUAGAUCGUCGCGACGAAAGCAACGCGCAUGAAUUUUUAUUUGUAUGUUACAGUUUUACGGUGAUUCCAAUCAAUUGAGUUUGGAUUUUACAUUUAGUAGCAAUUUUUUAGAACAAUGUAAUAAUUAGCUGAGCGAAGUCCUACAGAAUUUUCGCAAUGGUAUCAUUUCAUGUUCCAAUAUUGCCAUUUCUGUUUUAUUCCUAUGGUUACAAAUCAUAUUAAUUUUUUCUAAUAUGGCCCAUUCUAAUGCCUCUUCAUCAGAUUCUUCUAUUGAUUUUGCGGACCAAUUUUACCAGCGUUUUUUUAACGAAGUUACUAGAUGCUCAUUGCAGAUAAGUUUUUCUGGUUUUAACUUUAAGCAUUAUUUUAAGCCUCAUUGUGCCAGUGGUGUUCAAGAAGAUUGUCACGCUGAUCUCUUAUGAUUGUAUCACUUUUAUGAUUUAGCCCACUGCUUCACAACCAUAGAAAUUUCAAUUUCAUUUUUGCGUUGUAUGUUCACGUUUAUUCAACUUACACACCUUUUCAAGAACUACGAGAUUGGAAAACCAUUGUGAUUUGUUCUUCGCUUUUUAAGAAGAUUAGGUCUCCGUUUUUAUAAGUUUCUGAAUUUUAUAGUUGCUGUUCGUUGGUUCUACACAUUAUUUUGUGCGCUACUCGUUGGCAAGAAGCUGGUUUCUACAUUCGGGAUUCUUCUAUAUUUAUUUACCUCAUGAUAUUUGAUCCCUUCAUUUUUUACUUUGGCCAUGAUUUGUUAACUAUUGUAACAUUAAAUUAUCCGCGAUUGGUGUGCGAAUUGAUACAAGAGAGGAAUAAGACUUUUCAUUGGGGGAAAGUAGUUAGAGUUUGAAUGUGUUCGAAAUAUUUUCAUUUGUACAUGCGGAAGAUGGUAUUAAGUUGGUUAUGAACGUUAGAGUUGUGAUACGAUUGAAUUGCUGUCAUUGAAAAGGCUGCUUUAUUUUCAAUAUUUUUUUUUUCAUUAAGCAUUUUCUUUAGGGCAAGGCCAAUUUUUAUUAUUUGUUUCAUCUAGCCUGUGUGAUAUGCUGUGGAGGCCUUCAGGUGUAGGUGGACUUUCAAUUCUUACAGAAGUCGACUGCAGCAUGUACUGGCGGAAGUUAAUAUUGAAAAACCCAUUUAUCAUCAAAAGUUAAUGUGACAAAUAAUUCAAUUUACUGAGCAAGUUGUUUGCUAAAUUUUCUUUGCUUUUGAAUAUUAAAAUCUUAUAGGAAUUGUUCCACACUUCAUCUGUUGAAUAGAAUGUCUAGGCAAAUGCUAAAUUUAAUAGGUAUUGGUUUCGUGUCUCAAGAUACUCAGCUCUAAUAAACAUCUACUACCACAAUUGCUACUUAUCAAACGAAUUAUGCACACAAAUCUCGUUUCCUGUCGAUGAUUCUAAACUAAAUCCGUCCUGGUUACGUUGAGGUCAUUUUGCAGGUCCUGAGUCCGUUGUGUAUUUUUGUUCGACUAUUUGUGAAUCUUUUCAAAAUUCCUAUGAAUUUUGUUUGAAUAACCACUAUUGUGCUUCUUUUUACUCGUCGAAGAAACAGCAAUCCCUGAAACAUCCCAAUUUUCGGUUGUUCUGUUCUUUCAUUUGAAAAAUUAGGCAUUGAAUUUUUACAAUUCAAGGCAACCGUCUGUAGUUUGUAGUGUGUAGACUGGCUCAUAUUAUUCAAAAUGUAUUAGAAUCCAACACAUGCUCUUUGAUAGAGAAUUAGCGCAGCAAAGUAGAUGGAAAAAGAACCUAGCUUUCAUUAGGCCACUGGCAUUUUAGAUUACCGUGCUCUCUUCGUCCUCAACCAACUUGCCGUCCUACAUUUCCAUGACAACUACAGCGUUUCCCUGAGACAUUGUAAUUUGUAAUCUUGUGUACGCCGCUUUACCCCUCACAAUUCAUGGAAAGCGCCGUUCCUUCUGUAGAUCAAUGGGAAUGAGUUACCCAUAAUUUUGGUGAGAUGUCAUAGACUUACAAAAUUAGAGGGCAAUUGUUGAUCCUCGGAUUUUGAAUCGAUACAACUGAAAGCACGCCAUUUCAAUAGCCAGCAUUUCUUUUCUGCUAGCAAUUUGGAAUGUUAUGGCACGAGCAUUUUUUCUAACUGGUGAUGAUGGGUUAUAACGAAUGAAGCUGGUUCUUCUCAAAAACGUAGAAAUAAAUUAGUUGACAAUCAUCGAAGUACUUGCUAAUCGGUAUUUAUUACUCUAGAAGACGUAUAUGCAUUUAAUGUUAUAAACUAACGUUAGAAAUGUGCGUUACAGUUACACCAAAAACGCCUUAUCUCAAAAGUCCUAUUCAGCAUUAAAUAGUUUUUCCUAAAUUCGGAUUCUGGUUUUAUCUCUUCUCUGAGCGAGAUUUGAGAAUACGCAAGAAAACUUUGUGAAGACAAAAGUUCAGUGAGAAGUAAAUUUCGGGACAACUUUUAUUAUUGAAUCUUAGGCAAUAUAUUAGAAAAAAAAACUCUCAGCGGAGAUUUGGGAGAGCCCGGUAACAACCAGUCCCCUCAUUAAUAGCUUACAAUAUAUUACAGUAUAUUAACGGUUCCCUUCAAGACAUUUGUUGUAGCAUCAAGUAUUUGGGCUAUAUGCGAUAGUGGAAGUAAUACGCAUAUGCUGACGCACUAUUAUGAUUACUUUCAUACCAGUCUCGCGAGUACUUAAUUCCUAUGCUUCAAAAACUUGCAACCGCAACUGUUGAACGAGACUAACAAGUAUUUGGUGUAUUGUGUUCUUAUCUGUCCGUUGCAUCUGCAAAUUGUGAACAUAAUAAACAAACCUCUAAUAA